GGAGGAGGAGGAGAGAAAAGACGGCGAGGAGGAUGCGACGGCAGUCAAAUAGUCGACUGAAGCAAUAACGAGUGAAGAGCCGCAUGGCCGUCGGGAGUCCCAUUUUGAGUCACGUGAUUUUACCGAGGCGGCGGGCGCCGAGCGCAUCUUUCGUGCAGGUUUGUGCCGCCGACCAUCGCCACGCCCCGCAAUCCGCUGUCUGCCUGCUGCUCUGCCCGCCCGUCUUUGUCUGCGUCGAUAGCUGCUGUGAAUUGCCCGAGUCUGCUCUGAAAAGCGUCCUUGAUCAUCUUCAACCCUUCUCAGUCCGCUGAAUCCCCGAUUCCGCCCUCCGGAGCACCUCUUCUCCUCCCGUCCCGCUUCGAUAUCGAUCAAUUUCCCAACUCCGGCAUGUCGGCCACUUCCUCCACCGCCCCUCCAGAUACCUGCGACGUCCUCGUCUACGGCUCUGGCUUAGUCGAGAGCAUUGCCGCCGCUGCUCUUGCAUGGCAAGGAACCAACGUCCUUCAUCUGGAUGACAACCCCUACUACGGUGGCUUGUGGGCGUCACUGAAUCUCGAGGAGUUGAAGACCUGGACCGAUAAGAUCAAUAACCCAACCGCAAACGAUACUCCCUUCUCCAAUGCCUACCUCUACAUCUCGCGCAACUUGGACCCGCGGAAAUAUGCCAUCGACAUCAGCCCACACGUUCUCUUCACCAGAUCUGAUUUGCUCAACCUUCUGAUCCAAAGCCGAGUCUCGCGAUAUCUGGAAUUCAAACCACUCGGAUCGUUUCACACCUUUGAACAGGAUUCCUUCGAGAAAGUGCCCGGCAGUAAAGAGGAUAUCUUCACCAGUCAAAACCUCACGCUGCUAACCAAACGCAGCCUAAUGCGAUUCAUGAAGUUCGUCGUGAUUUGGGACGAGACUCCUGACGUAUGGCUAGAGUACAAAGGAAAGCCCAUCUCGAGCUUCUUGAAAGACAAGUUCAGUCUAGACCAACCCCAGAUCGUCGAGCUCGUGCACUCGAUCGCGCUACUACCCUCAUUGUCGUCACCCACAGAACUUGCGCUCGAUAGAAUAAAGCGAUACCUGACCUCGAUGCAAGUCUACGGAAAUUUCCCGGCCAUGUACUCGAUGUAUGGCUCUGGCGGCGAAAUAGCCCAGGGAUUCUGCCGGUCUGCGGCCGUCGCUGGCGCUGUCUACAGAUUGGGAACAAAGCUGAGCAGGUUCGACGACGAGUCGGGAGUGGCCGUGCUCGAGAACGGCGAGAAGAUUAAAGUCACAGAGAAACUGAUCACCAGCCAUGGUCUCGUCCCUGGCGAUCAGGAAAUCACGCGAAUGGUCGCCGUUGUCGAGAAGGACUGCAAGGAAUGGUUUGCCGAAGGCGAGUCUGCUGCCAUCGUGGUUUUCCCGUCUGAUACUCUGGACGGAAACCGAUAUGCCGUCCAGGCUCUUGUCCUUGGUAGUGGAAGCGGACAGGUGCCUACCGGCCAAGCUGUCUGGUAUCUCUCAACGCAGGAGAGCGGCGAACAAGGACGCAAAGACCUGUUUUUGGCUCUCGAGAAGAUGGAAGAGAGUAUCCUGCGAGAAUCAACAGAGGACUUUGAGUUUGACGUCAGCGAAGAGGACAUUGCGUACCUGCCAAACGGAAUGCCUGUGGUUUCUUCUGUCCGUCUAGGCGAGAGUUUGCGAAACUUUACACCAAAGGAAUCCCUGAAAUAUCUUCUAAAACUUACAUACACACAGAAAGUGACCGUCGCACCUCAGCAAAACCCUUCGUCAAAGACAAUUUACGUGCCGGCUCCAUCGAUAGACAUCGUCUACGACGGAAUCUUGUCCCAGGCGCAGGCGGUGUACGAGAGCGUCACAGGCACGGUCGAGGAUUUCUUCGAUGUCGACUUUGAAGACGAAGACGACGACGCCACGGCUACUGGUAACCCGCCCGAUACCAGCAUCCGGGAUGUCGCUGACAUGGACGACGAAAACCUCGGCGAUCAUCAGGAUUUCGACGAGGAAGUAGCAGGAGAAAUGACAAUCUGAGCCCCGCCUUGUCGUAUACCUCCUGCUCUUGGCGACUUUGGUCUCUCUACAUUAUAUACUUUUCAAAUUCAACGGUGACUGGAUAAUGUUUUAUAGUUGUAAUUCGUCAGUGAUUGUUGGUUUUUGAUUACUAUCUUUUUGUUGAUACAAUAGUUUUGUAUGUAGCCAUAUUCGGUACACUUGUUAAUAUUUUAUUAUAGUAAUAUAGCUAGACGUGA